AUGUUUGGUGCUUCCAGACCAACUUUUGGUAAUACGGGAGCGUCUCCAUUUGGGCAGCAGCAGCAAGGAGGGACGUUCGGACAGGCGCAGCCUACUAAUAGCGGAUUUGGUUCCGCUAGCGCAAACAAUGCUCAAUCAGGCUUCGGUGGUUUCGGUAGUACUCAACCACAAAGUACUACUUCACCAUUUGGUAUGUCACAGCAACCGCAAUCUAAUGCUAGCCCGUUUGGUCAAGCAACGUCCUCUGUGUCAAAUCCUCCUGCCUUAUUUGGGGGCAAUGCAGCUGCGCAAACGGCUGUUGGUGGUACUGCGCUGAAACCUUUUUCUGCGUACACGGAAAAAGAUGCGACUACAGGGAUGAAUAAUGUGUAUGAGUCCGUAUCGUGUAUGCCCGAGUACAAGAAUUAUUCGUUUGAAGAGUUGAGGUUCCAGGACUAUCAAGCAAACAAUAAGUUUGGUCAGGGAGGUGCGGGAGUCAGUGGGAACGUUGGUUCUUCCUUUGGGGGCCAGCCGAAUGCUUCACCAUUUGGUACUAACAAUCAAUCUGCAUUUGGGAUAGGAAAUACAAACGCUACAUCUACUGGAGGUCUUUUUGGACAGAGUAAUACUACUAAUACUACCAAUCCACCCUUUGGACAGAGUUCAACGAACAAUGCUUUUGGCCAGGCUACCAACUCGCCUUUUGGGCAGACAGGAACAAGUACUUUCGGACAAGCUAAUACUGCAAACUCUCCAUUUGGACAAACAAACAAUGCAGCCAGUUCACCAUUUGGAAUAAAUAAACCAGGUACGACAAGUGGUGGUUUAUUUGGACAAACAAAUUCGAAUACCAUUAACAACGCUUUUGGUCAGACUGCUGCCGGCACAGGUGGAGGUGGUCUAUUUGGUCAAACCAAUACCGCCAAUAAUGCAUCGCCUUUUGGUCAAACGUCCACUUUUAGCCAAACUAACAAUACUUCCGCGGGAGGCUUAUUUGGUCAAAAUAACGCACAGCAGCAGUCUGGUGGCCUUUUUGGAUCUACCAAUAACCAACAGCAACCUGGUGGCUUGUUUGGUCAGAGCAACACGCAGCAACAAGGAGGAGGACUCUUUGGUGCAACUAAUACUACCAAUGCAUUUAACCAAAACAACUCAUCCGGAGGCUUAUUUAAUAAGCCAACUACUUCAAGCGGCUUAUUUGGCCAAAGCGGUAGCAUGUUUGGUCAAAACACCAACACUAAUACUAAUGGUAAUCCAUUUGGCCAAAAUAGUACCUCUGCUGGAGGCCUUUUUGGGCAGCAAACCAACCAGCAGCAGGGAACUGGUUUAUUCGGCCAACAAAAUAAUCAGCAGCAAGGUGGUUUGUUCCGCCCGAAUAAUCCUCAGCCUGGUAAUGGCUUAUUUGGACAAAAUAAUCAACCACAGGGAGGGACUGGUUUAUUUGGACAAGAUAAUUCAAACAAUGCUUUCAGGCAAAAUAGUGGCAAUGUAACUGGUGGCCUCUUUGGAAACAAACCAGCUACAGGAGGAUUAUUUGGUCAAACAAAUGUAGGUAAUACUUUUGGACAAAGUAAUAGUGCAACUUCAAAUACUGGAGGGUUAUUUGGUCAAAAUAAUAAUCAACAACAGCAACAAGGUGGUGGGUUAUUUGGCCAAAAUAACACCCAAACUCAGUCUGAUGGAUUAUUUGGUUCUAAUAACACACAGCAACAAGGCGGCGGGUUGUUUGGGCAAAACAACAAUACGCAACAACAGGCCGGUGGAUUAUUUGGUCAGAACAAUCAACAAACAGGUGGAUUGUUUGGAUCAAAGCCAGCAGGAACAAAUACUGGUGGCCUAUUUGGAAACAAUAAACCCUCUUCUACGGGUGGAAUGUUUGGAAAUAACAACAACCAACAAGGUGUCCAGUCUACUUCUGGGGAGUUAUUUGGUGCCAACAACAACAAUAACGCCUCCAAUCAACUAUCAGGAACCAGCGGAGGGUUAUUUGGUAACAAACCAGCUGGUAAUACAGGGGGUGGACUCUUUGGUAGAAACAAUGGCACCCAAACAGGGACUCUUGGUAGCGGAUUAUUCGGCAACAAUACCAACACAGGUAGUACUACUAAUACUGGAACAGGAGGUGGUCUAUUUGGCGCAAAACCUUCAGACCAAGCCAAUACGAGUACUACCGGGGGCCUUUUCGGAGCUAAGACAAACGUUACGUCAAAUACUGGCACUACUUCUGGGAAUUUAUUUGGUAAUAAGCCAAUCGGUUCCACUGGAACGGGCUUAUUUGACUCGAAGCCAGCUGGCUCCGGUAUAGGCGGCCUUUUUGGUAACAAUUCGUCAACUACUGCCUCUAACGGAUUACAACAAUCCACCAUUGGUGGACAGGGUGGUGUCACCCCACAGGGCGAUAACCCAUAUGGUACAAAUGAUUUGUUUUCUCGUGUUAUUGUUCCAAGUUCUUUAUUACAGCCAUCGAAGCCCUGCGCUACGAAGAUAAAUGCUGACUACAAGAAGAAGGCUUCUUUAACCAGUGCUUAUAGAUUGGCACCCAAGCCCUUGUUUACUUCUACUGCAAAAACCGCAGGGCAUCUUGGUUUGUCUGGUAGCCAGAAUAGCAACAGAAAAACUUCCUCAUUAAUAUCUCCUCAGAGCUCUACCAGGGAGUUAGUUCAAGUUUCUAGUGGUUCUAGUGUUUUUACCAACGAGACAGAUGAACUUAUCUUAUCUUCUAGCAACAAACUUUUCAACCCUAAUAAGAAGUCUUUCAAGAACCUUAUACUGAAUAGGAAGAAGAUGGAGAAUACCGCAGGCGAUGAAAACGUUGACGAUGAACCAAGAAGAAUCACAUUCAUCUCAAAUGGUAGCGGCGAACAAGAGCCCACUUCUACUAAAGAAUCGAAAUAUUUGGAUUUCAUACAGGAUACUCCAGUCGACUCAAAGGACAUUAUGAAAAGUAACGGUGGUCUAUUUUCCACACCUAACCUUGCCUCCACCCCGAUUAAGGCAAACUCCGAGGAAAAGGCCGAGGUGAUCAAACCGCCUCGGUUUGUCGGUGAUGAUGUGUCUUUCAAUGACGAUGGCUACUACAUUUCCCCCUCGUUAGAAACCCUCUCUAGCCUGACUUUGUUACAACUAAGGAAGGUUUCAGGGCUCACUAUUGGUCACAAACUCUAUGGGAAGAUUGAAUUCUUAAAGCCUGUGGACUUAUCCAAUAUCUCUUUGCCUAGUCUAUGCGGCAAUUUGGUUCGUUUCUCCGAGAAAAUGUCUGAAAUCAGUUACGUAGGUAACGAUAUCCCUGCGCCUGGUGAUCAACUUAAUGUUCGGGCAAGAAUAAUCCUUUACAACACUUUCCCAACAGACAAGGCUACAAGACAACCCAUUAAGGAUCCAAAACAUCCCAUUUUAAAGAGACAUAUUGAAAAACUUAAAAAAAUUGAGCAUACCAAAUUUGAGUCCUACGACGUUAAAACGGGAACCUAUACAUUUGUCGUAGAGACCCCAGUUGCAUAA